AUUGAGUCGAAAAUUGCAUUUCAUUUGUAUUUUCGUAUCAAUUAUAGCAUUGUUUUGACACUUAAUUGCGAUUCAUAUCUGUUUUGAUUGAACCGACAAUUGGUUGAUAGUUGUUGUGAGCCAUGGAUUUACUGAAGCCAUACCUCCAUAAGAUCCGAAUCCCCGUCCAGAACGACAAGAUAUACAAAGACGAGUGUGUCUUCUCCUUCGACUCUCCGUCAUCACCGAAUGGUCUAUACGUGUGUCUCAACACAUUUCUUGGUUUCGGCAGAGAUUUCGUGGAACUGCACCACAAAAAGACCGGAAAUGCGGUCUUUCUUCAUCUCAAGAGAAUCGCUCGCGAAUGUCCGCAAAGCGAUUGCGAGGAAACAAAACCAAAGAUAACGAAACUCGCGAUCGGUAUUGAAGGAGGUUUUGAUGUGAACUCUCAACAGAGACAACAAUUCGAUGAAAUGCAUUCAGUCGUGAUUUUACCACAAUUUGCUGUCAUUCCUCUUCCCAAUCCAGACCUUCCCGAACAGGUAUUACACGAUAUUUAUGUCACCAUUACUUCUAUUGCUUAUGAAAUGCCGUUAAUACAAUCGGUUUCAAUGGUGUUGUCUUCGGACGCGGCCUUCAGAUUAGAGGAGUUGCAGGCAUUGGCCGGCACUUGGGAUGGGGAGAAGAGAAUGGUCUCCAAACAUGCCGAGAAUUUACUGCAAUUGGAUAAUGGCGUCAAAAUUCCUCCCAAAGGCUGGAAGUGUGAGAAAUGCGAUAAAAAAGACAAUCUGUGGCUUAAUUUAACUGAUGGAACAGUCCUAUGUGGACGCCGUUAUUUUGACGGCACGGGUGGUAAUAACCACGCGUCCGAGUAUUACGCGCAGACGAAGUACCCGCUUGCAGUCAAACUCGGAACCAUUACUCCCGAUGGCGCCGACGUGUAUUCCUAUGAUGAGGACGAUAUGGUAGAGGAUCCCAAUCUGACCAAACAUUUGGCACAUUUUGGCAUAAAUGUGACACAAAUGGAGAAAACAGACAAAUCAAUGAUUGAACUCGAAAUCGAUUUGAAUAAAGGGUUCGGCGAGUGGUCUAUAAUCCAAGAGGAGGGCUCCCAACUGACUCCGUUGUACGGACCGGGCUAUACGGGUCUGUCCAAUCUGGGCAACUCGUGUUACCUCAACUCAGUAAUGCAAGUGAUGUUCAGUAUCCCCGACUUCCAGAACCGCUAUUACCCUCCGAAUCAGAUCUUCGAGUCGGCGCCGACAGACCCUCCCUCUGACUUCACCACUCAAAUGGCGAAACUCUCGUACGGACUCCUGUCUGGCAAGUACUCAGUGAACGAACAAACGAAUGGUGAGCCCAAAGAGCAAACGGGAAUAAAGCCGACAAUGUUUAAGAACCUGAUAGGAAGAGGACAUCACGAGUUCUCCACUAAACGCCAACAAGACGUUCAGGAGUUCUUUCUGCAUCUCAUUAAUGUCAUCGAACGCAACAACAGGACUAAUGCCAGCCCUCCCGCCACCGAUUGUUUCAAGUUUCAGGUCGAGGAACGCAUUGAGUGCUUGCAGUCCAAGAAAGUGAAGUACACGACCAGAACCGAGUACUUGCUGUCCCUUCCAGUCGCAGAUCACACGACAAACGCCGAGGCAUUCAAAGCAUUCGAGGCCAUGAAGAAAGAGAUGGAACUCAAGGGACAGAAAAUGUAUGAAUUCUUAAAUUCUUUGCAUUCAUUGACUUAUUUGAAUCCAUCAUUAAGUGAUCCCAAACACGUGGUUCGACCCAUAAUUCCCAUCCAGUCGUGUAUCGAGACAUUUGCUUCGCCCACACUUAUCGACGAUUUCUUUAGUUCUGCAUUAAAUGGCAAAUCAAUUGCUAAUCAGACGACUAGACUGAAGACAUUUCCCGAUUACCUGAUGGUUCACAUCAAGAAGUUUGCGUUGGGAGACGAUUGGGUGCCUAAGAAACUGGACAUUUCACUCGAUGUGCCGGAAAUUCUAGAUUUAGGGCACAUGAGAGCCACUGGUCUCCAACCGGGAGAGGAACUCUUACCUGAGCCCAAACAUACCGGUGAGGGCUCGGGUGCCGGUGCUGUCCAAGCAUUCGAAUUUAAUUCAGCAAUUUUGGCCCAAUUAAUGGAAAUGGGAUUUCCUAUGGAUGGCUGCAAACGAGCCCUCUUUCACACCAAUAAUGGAGACAUUGAGACGACGAUGAACUGGAUUAUGGAACACAUGUCUGAUCCUGACUUCUCACAACCUUUCGCUAUAGAAACCGGUGGAACGGCAGCUAAAGCUGAGGACACAUUUACUGCUGACUCUGAAUCUCUGGCCACUAUCAUCUCAAUGGGCUUUACUAACGAACAGGCGCUCAAAGCCCUCAAAGCAACGAACAAUAAUAUGGAGCGAGCGGUGGACUGGAUCUUCAGUCACGCGGACGAGUUGAACACCAGUCAAGCCAUGCAAACGGAUGCACCGACUCCUGAGAGCCAGAGCCAGACCACUGAGGCGUCGAAUUUCAGAGACGGUGCCGGAAAAUAUCAGUUGAUGGCGUUUAUCAGUCAUAUGGGCACCAGUACUAUGUGUGGUCAUUACGUUUGCCACAUACGGAAAGACAACCGUUGGGUGAUCUUCAACGACGACAAAGUAGCCGUUUCUGAGGCGCCGCCCAAAGACUUGGCGUAUCUUUAUUUGUAUCGAAGGAUUUAAACCAUAUAUUGACU